UUCAAAGUUUGAAAUGUGAUCAUGUGUAGACAUCAUCUGAUCCAUAUGUAUAAAUACGUUGCCUGAAAGAACAUGCAUUGUCUUGCAAGUUCAAAUCCAUGUCAUGGGUGGCCCCAAAAGAAAAAUGACGACACAGAACAUUGUUUUGGUGACCAUUUUUAUCAUUUUCAUCAGCCAUUGUAGCUCUACUUUCUUUGAUGCCAGUGGAUUUGAGCAAUUGGAAACAGUGGUGGAGAACGUCGAAGAUCAUUUAGCAUAUCCAAGCACAAAUGAUUGGUCCCCGGUUGAAGAGCUAAAUGAUGGAACGGAAGAUGAUGCGUGGCAGUUGGUGCAGAAGAAAGGGAACCAAUUUGUGGUGAAUGAUCAACCUUUCUAUGUGAAUGGAUUCAACACUUACUGGUUGAUGGUGUUUUCUGCUGAUCAAUCCACAAGGGGAAAAGUCACUGAUUUGUUCAAACAGGCAUCUUUGGUAGGACUAACUGUUUGCAGGACUUGGGCUUUCAACGAUGGCCAGUGGCGAGCUCUUCAGAAAUCGCCAUCAGUUUAUGAUGAAGAAGUUUUCAAGGCUUUGGAUUUUGUGCUAAGUGAGGCAAGGAAAUACAAGAUCAGACUCAUAUUAUCUUUAACCAACAACUGGGAUGCGUAUGGUGGAAAAGCACAAUACGUUAAAUGGGGAAAAGCAGCUGGUCUGAAUUUGACUUCUGAUGAUGACUUCUUCACUCAUCCAACACUCAAAAGCUACUACAAGGCCCAUGUUAAGACGGUGCUUAAUAGAGUUAAUACACUCACAAACAGAACUUACAAGGACGAUCCCACAGUUUUCGCUUGGGAACUAAUGAACGAGCCUCGAUGCACCUCAGAUCCUUCGGGCAAUAAACUGCAGGAUUGGAUACAAGAAAUGGCAGUUUAUGUUAAGAGCGUUGAUCCAAAACACUUGGUAGAGAUUGGACUGGAAGGAUUUUACGGUCCCUCAGCACCUGCUCGAGUUCAGUUCAAUCCAAAUACAUAUGCUCAACAAGUUGGAACUGAUUUCAUAAGGAACCACCAGGCUUUGGGUGUCGAUUUUGCUUCUGUUCACAUUUAUGCAGACUCUUGGAUAUCACAAUCAAUCUCUGACGUGCAUCUCCAAUUUACCAAGUCAUGGAUGGAAGCCCACAUUGAGGAUGCAGAAAAGUAUCUUGGAAUGCCGGUGAUGUUUUCAGAGUUUGGCAUAUCUUCGAACGACCCCGGCUACAAUUCAUCAUUUAGAGACACCCUUCUCAGCACAGUGUACAAGACCAUCCUGAAUUCUACUAGGAAAGGAGGGAGUGGAGGUGGGAGUCUUUUGUGGCAGCUCUUCCCAGAUGGAACCGACUACAUGGACGACGGUUAUGCGAUUGUUCUGUCAAAAUCUCCUUCAACAGCAAACAUCAUAACCCUUCACUCCACAAGACUUGCCCUAUUCAACUCUCGAUGUUCUUGGAAAUGCCGGUGGGGCUGUAAGAAGAAGCAUCCAAUAGAGGGAUUCUUACUACGUUAUGAUGAACUGUAAAUGCUAUAUGCUUUGAAUUGUCAUUUCUUCGUUGACAUGUAUUCUGUGAUCUUUUGUGUACGAAAACAACGAAGAUUGACUCGCUGAAUUAAAUAAAUGAAAAUUAUGUUAUCGAUA